AUGUACGAAAGCGUGGAUGUUGUGGGUCUGAGCCCCAGCCCCGGCCGCAGCAGCCCCAGCCCCGGCUCCUUCCUGAGCAUGGACUACUACCACAGACCCCCGGGGCUCGGGCCGGAGAAGGGACUCCUGUCCGGCGUGGGACUCCAGCGUCCAUUCGGGGGGUCUCUGGUGAGGCACUGGAGCGGAUCCUGCCACUCUAUAGAGACUGAGAGCACGAGUUCAGGGGAGGACCUUCUUGUACCCAGCCCCCCCUCACCUCCACCUCCGCCCCGCAUCUACAAGCCCUGCUUUGUAUGUCAGGACAAAUCUUCAGGAUACCACUAUGGAGUCAGUGCUUGUGAGGGCUGCAAGGGUUUCUUUCGGAGAAGCAUCCAGAAGAACAUGGUGUACACCUGCCACAGAGACAAAGUCUGUGUCAUAAACAAGGUGACGAGGAACCGCUGUCAGUCCUGUCGACUACAGAAAUGUCUCGAUGUCGGCAUGUCCAAGGAGUUAGUGCGAAAUGACAGAUCGAAAAAGAAGAAGGAGGAGAAGAGGCAGGUGGAGCCGGAGAUCUACGUCCUGUCCGCAGACACGGAGCAGAUGAUUGAGCGAGUUCGUCAGGCCCAUAAGGACACAUUUCCCUCCCUCUGUCAGCUGGGAAAAUACACCACGAGCAACAGCGCAGAGCACCGUGUUUCGCUGGAUGUCAGUCUUUGGGACAAGUUCAGUGAACUGUCCACCAAAUGCAUCAUUAAGACAGUGGAGUUCGCCAAGCAGCUGCCAGGCUUCAUAACGCUCACCAUCGCUGAUCAGAUCACCCUGCUCAAAGCCGCCUGCCUCGACAUACUGAUUCUGAGGAUCUGCACCCGCUACACCCCAGACCAGGACACGAUGACUUUCUCUGACGGGUUGACUCUGAACCGUACCCAGAUGCACAACGCUGGGUUCGGACCUCUCACAGACUUCGUAUUCUCCUUCGCCAGCCAGCUGCUCCCGCUGGAGAUGGAUGAUGCAGAGACAGGAUUGCUCAGCGCCAUCUGCCUGCUCUGUGGAGAUCGUCAGGAUCUGGAGGAACCAGAAAAGGUGGACGUUCUUCAGGAGCCUUUGUUAGAAGCCCUGAAGAUCUAUGUGAGGAGGAGGAGGCCUGAUAAACCUUGUAUGUUCCCCAAAAUACUGAUGAAGAUCACUGACCUCCGCAGCAUCAGUGUGAAAGGGGCAGAGCGAGUGAUCACUCUGAAGAUGGAGAUCCCUGGCUCCAUGCCUCCUCUCAUCCAGGAGAUGCUGGAGAACUCUGAGGGUCUGGAGGGGCAUGGAGUCGGGGGAGAGAAAGGAGGAGGAAAGGGUCGAGCAGAAGGCCAGCAGGAGGAUGAAACAGACCUUAGGAGCUGCCAUCCAAGUCCGUCACCCAAAUCAGUCCACUCUCCAAGCCCAAGCCCUGCACCCUGCUCCCCAUCAUUCCCCUCACCCUCAGCCUGAAGUUCUGCACUCAGCACCUCUGCUCCACACUGCGGUGGGGGGGAGGGCAGUGCACAUGGCACAACCAGGGAAUGAUAGCAGAAACAAAUUGCACCUGAUAACAUAAUAAUAUGGAGGACAGAACAGUAUGGACUGCUGAACCUAUAAACUUGAAAUGCGAGAGAAGCAAAGUUGUUGCAGGGACGGACAGCAGGAAUACUGUGAUGUGAGGCCUGAUGGGAUGUCCAGACAUUCAUUUCAUAUAUACACUGCAAAAAAUGUGAUUUAAGUUUUUUUUUUUUUUUUUUAAAUCAUUUUAUAAUACCUGAAAUGUUAAGUAUUUUUCAGACUGUUCGACCUUAAUGAAGGAUUGUGUAAAUACUCUAUGGACACACUGAUGUUGUAUCUUACACUUACACACACGCACACACACACACACACACACGUAGGUAGAUAACAGAGGCAUGGUGGCAGUUUUUUCCAACCAUGUGGUUCUAUCAUAAAAGCAUCAGGCAGGUGUUGCCGGUGGUUAAUUCCAGCAUUGCCGAGUGUUUUGUUCAGGUGCUUCAUUUGUUCUGAUGAUGUUACAGCCUGUGAGUUUCAGCAGCAACAAUACAAAUAAACAAAAUUAAAUCCUCACAAAAUGAUGUCAACAGCUGCAGUUCUUUAGAUGCUUCUAAACAUAUAUCUACCUGGAGCAGAACCUUCUUUAAUCAGUCCUAUGUGAAUUGUCCUUCAUGUCCGUGCAGGCUGCGUCCACACUAAUACAUUUGAGUUUAAACACAUGACUUUUG